AUGGUAGAAAAUUUACUACAAAGUCGUGAACAAUUUACAUCAUCAAGUAAUGUCAGCCUUGAUGCUUUUCACAAUACUAAUCUUCAUAUAGGUGACGUCAUUUCACUUUACGCCAUUGAUAAUUCAGAAAAAAAUAUUUAUGAAGGUUUUCUGUCAACACUUGGAUUAGUUGAUGAUAGAUGUUUAGUGGAACUUAAAAAUGGAUCAUUACAAUCACCUCCAAAAAAUUAUAGAGAUUGCCUUUUUAGAAUAUGUCCGGUUUAUAGGUAUGCAGCACAAAAACAAUAUUGGAGUGAACAAAAAAAAUGCUUAGCAGGAGAUAGUUCUGAAAAAGAAAUGUUAAGUAAAUUAAGAAAUGCAGCAGAAAAAGAAAAAGAACAAAAUGAAUUAGAAUAUAGAAAAAUGUUAGGAACUCAAAUUCAAUAUGGUACAUCUAUUCAGUUACUUCAUGUUAAAUCAAAUAAAUAUCUUACAAUGCAAAAAAAUUCACCUGCAAAGGUUGAAAGAAAUGCAAUGCGUGUAUAUUUAGAUAAGGUUGGAAAUGAAGGAUCAUGGUUUAUUGUUGAACCUGUCUAUAAACAUGUUGCUAUUGGAUAUGGUGUUAUGUCAUCAGAAAGAAUUUAUCUUGUUCCAUAUACAAAUGGAAAUCAAAAUUCAUUAGGUCAUAUAAAACAUCAACUUCAUUUGUCUAGACAACGUUUAAAAGAUCAUGAAAAUGCUUGUGAAGUUAAUAUUUUAAAUGAAAAUACAGAAUGGCAGGUAAAUCUUUUUCUUCAAUAUGAUGAAAAUUUAACUGAUUAUGUUAAAAGUGGUGAUGUUGUUAGGUUAUUUCAUGCAGAUCAACAAACAUUUUUAACAUUAGAUAGAAUAUCAAGUAAAAAUAAAUUAAAAAAAGAUAAUAUUGAAAAAAAUAAUAUAAAUAAUGGUGAUAAUUUGAAGGAAGAUAAAGAAAAUUGUCCUGUAAAUAGUGAUGUUGUUUUUUUAAGAUUAACAAAUAGAUCUAGUGCUGCUGAUGCAACAAGUUCUAAAGCUUUAUGGGAAAUACAAAUAUUUAAUAGAGGUUUUGCCUAUAGAGGUGGUACAGCAACAUGGAGAAAAUUUAUACGUUUUAAACAUCUUGCAACUGACUUAUAUUUAACUGUUCUUCCAUAUGAUAUUACAAAACAUGAAAUAAUUUAUGAUAGAAAAUUUAGUACUACUUCAUCAUAUGGUAAUCAUUUAGGUGAUAUAAUGGAUUAUUCUAAAUAUAAUAGAGAUUCAAGAAAUAAUUGUUUUAUUUUAAUGCCAUCAAAUUCAAAUGAUCCUUCAAAAGAUGAAUCAUUAUUAUUUAUACUUGAUCCAUGUAAAAUAACUUCUGGUAAAGAUCAAAAAGUACCAAUUGAUUCAUUUGUUAGAAUUCAACAUUAUAAAACUGGUGCCUGGAUUCAUACAACUGAUCCAGGAAUAAAAUCAAAUUUAUUUUAUAUGGAUAAAACAGAAAAAGGAUGGGUUAAAGUAAUAUGUGAAGAAAAUAAAAUUGAUAAAGAAGCAUUUGCUUUAUUUAAAGUUUCACCACAUGAAGUUCGUGAUUUAGAUUUUGCCAAUGAUGCUAGUAAAGCUUUAAUGCAAUUUAUAUCACUUAUGCUUUCAGGACAAAUAAUUCCAAAAGAUAUGACAAAUACAACAUGUCAAUUAUUAAUUGAAUGUAUUUAUUUUGUUACAGGAGUUACUGAUCAUAUGAUUGAUCCAUUAAAUAUAGUUGAUUUUUCUCCAAGUAGAGAUAGGCAAAAAUUAUUACGUGAACAAGGUGUUUUACAACAAGUUUUUGCCUUACUUAAAGCACCAUUUCAAAAAAGAAAAGGUAAAGAUAAUAAAGAAAUUGAUCCUUUAUUUGAAUCUGGUGAAUCAUUAAAUGAACAAAGAAAUUUAGUUUUUAAAACAAUGUUUAGAUAUUGUUAUGCUUUAUUAAAAUAUGCCCAAACUGGUUAUAGAAAAAAUCAAGAAUUUUUAGCUGGAAAAUUUGAUCAAAUACAAGAACAAAUUGGAUUUGAUUUACUUGCUGAAGAUACAAUGACGGCAGUAUUACAUAAUAAUCCAAAAUUAUUAGAAAAAUAUGUUAAAACACCUCAUGUUGAAAGAUUUGUAGAAUUAGUUAGAAAAAAUAAAUCUGGAAAAUUUUUAGAUUAUUUAGCUGAUUUAUGUGUUUGUAGAGGUGAAGCAAAUAAAAAAAUACAAGAAUUAAUUUGUAAUUCUGUUUUAAGUGAAGGAAAUAGAGAUAUAUUUAUGGAAACAGAAAAACAACCUAUUGAAUGUCCAACACAAGAUGAUAUUAAAAAUUUUAGAAAAUAUAAAAUUUAUCUUUGUACACAAGGAACUUAUUGUAAAUCACUUGUUAAUUGUGCAUUAGAUGCAAAUUCAAAUAAAGAAGAUGCUGGUAUGUUAGAUUAUUAUCGUCAUCAAUUAGGAUUAUUAGCACAAAUGUGUCAAGAUCAACAAUAUUUAGCUAUUGAUCCACCUCCAGAACGUCAUUUAUUAAAUGUAAGUAAAGAAUUACCAAUUGAAUUAAUUAUUCAAUGUAUGGCUGAUGGAAGAUUACCAGAUGAUAUUAGAGCAUCUUUUACUCGUUUAAUGCUUCAUUUACAUGUUGUAAGAGGAUCACCAGUUAGUGCUGUUAGACAUGCACGAUUAUGGAGAGAUAUUCCAAUUGAUGUAACAGUAGAAAAAUAUAGUAGUAGUGCCGUUGAAGGAUAUGUUGAUGGUAGUCGUAGUAAACAUGCAGAUGUUGAAAGUUUUAAAGAUGUUUUAAAAAUUGUUGAUAGAUAUUUAGAAAAUAUGAUAAAUAAAAGUAAAUCAAAUGAACCUGUAUUAAAAGAAAGUGGUGCAUAUUGUGAUGUUAAUCGUUUUACUUAUGAAAUAGUAAAUUUAGCUCGUGCUCUUGCACAAUUUGGAUUUUAUAGUUUUACAGAAUUACUUAGAUUAGCAAAAAAUUUAUUAGCUAUUGCUGAUGGUAAUCCAAAUGAAGAUGAAGGAAAUGAAUCAAUUGUUAAAAAAGGUAUGAAAAUGUUAACUGGUAUGACAACAAAUAUGGUACCACCUGAUUAUACUUUACAAUCACAAAUGCAAAAUCGAUUAAGUUAUAAUAUUGAAAAUCCAGAAAUACCAAAUGAAGAUGCUUUAAAAGCUAAACAAUCACGAGAAUUAGUAUUACAAACAAAAUUAAUUAUUGUUGAUAUAUUACAAUUUAUAAUGAAUGUCAAAAGAGAUUAUAGAAUAACUGUUGCAUUAUCAUGGUUUAAAAAACAAUAUCCAUGUAAUGAAGAUGGUGAAUUACAACAAAAUAUAUGUGAAAUUGAAGAUAAACCAGAAGAAUUAUGUAAUGUUGUAUUUGAAUCAAUUGAUACUGAAUUAGAUUUUGAUGGAGAAAAAGGUCAACAAUUAUUAAGAAUAUUAAUGCAAAUGACAAUGAAUGAUUUUCCAACAUUAACAAGUAUGGCAUUAAAAGUAUUAUUUAGACAUUUUACACAAUACCAUGAAUUAAUUGAAGAUUUAAAACAAGUUCAAUUAUUAGUAUCAAAUAAUGAUGUUGAUAAUUAUCAUCAAAUUGACAGAGAUGUUUUUAUUUUAAAAAAUUUAACUGAAAAAUCAGAACUUUGGGUUCAUUGGGGUAUAAAUAAUGAAGAUGGUAAUAAUUUACAAAAUCAAGUUAAAGAACAAAAAAAUAACAGUUUAACUAGACAAGAUACAUUAGAAAUAGUUUAUCAUAAUGAUGAACAUUCUAAACCACCUUCUAUUGAUGAUGAUUGGGAAAUUGAUUUAGAUGAAUCUGUUAAAAAUGAUAUUAAAACAAUACCUAAACAUUUAAUUGAUUUUGUUGAUGAAGAAUAUAAAACAUCUAGAAAAAGUUGUAUUCUUUUACUUGUUAUUUUACUUAAAAGUCAAGAUAAAAAAGAAACUGCAUCAGCAUUACAUGAUCUUAUGGAUAAAGCUCCAUUACUUGGAUAUCCUUUAGUUCAAGAUAUAUUAGAAAGAUAUGAAUCACUUUGUCACAAAGAACAAAAAGCUGAUAGUAUGAAUCAACAAUUACUUAGAAAUAUGCGUGUUUAUGAGGUUGUUUUAGAAUUUUUACGUAUUCCAUUUGAUAAAAAAAAUGACCAUAAAAUGCCACAUUUAAUAAAACUUAGUCACAUAUUUUUACGAUCAUUUUGUAAAAAUAAUAAAGAAAAUCAAAAUAGACUUCAUAAGUUUAUUUCUAUUGAAAAUGGAAGAAAUGAUGGUCAAUUAUGUAUUGAAACAUUAGAAGAAGUUGAAACAUUAACAUGUAUUUUUCAAAAUAAUUUUGAAUUAAGUGAUAAUGUUAGUGAAGGUUUAGUAUCACAUAUUGUUAGAUUAAUUGAACAUAAAGGAAAAGAUUCAAUAUUUUUAAAAUAUUUACAAUCUAUUGUAAUUGAUCAUGAUAAUGAAAUUGAAUCAGCACAAUCAAAAGUUGUUGAAGAAGUUCAAAAAGCAGCUGAUGAUGUUAAACAAGUUUAUGUUGAUGCAGCAAGUUUUGAACAGUUAAAAGAUAUGAUGAAAGAACAUUAUAAUGAUAGUCAUACUUUACCAACAUAUCAUCCACUUAUUUAUCAUAUUGAAUUUGUUCGUUUAAUGGCAUUAUGUACAAAAGGUAAAAAUGGUAAUACAGAAUUAAAAUGUGCAAGUAUAUUACCAAUGGAUCAAAUUGUUAGAGUUAUUACUUAUGAAAAAUGUAACUAUCAGGUAAAAAGUGUUUAUAUACAAUUUUUGAUGCAUUGUUAUAUUGAUACUGAUAUUGAAUUAAAAGAUGCACGAAAUUUUGAAUAUAUUGAUCAAAUAUUAAAAAAUAUAUGUGAAGAUAUGAAAUCAUAUAAUAAAAGUUUACCAUUACAAUCAUCAUAUUUAACACCACAUUCAAAUACAGCUUUAACAGUACCAUAUAUUAAUAUAAAUGAAGAUAAUACAUUAUUAGAUAAUUUAGAAUCAUAUAUUGGAAAAUAUGUUACAAGAUUACUUAUUAAAUUUUUUACAACAAAUUAUAAUAAUUCUGCUAUAAUUGAUAUAAAACAACAUAAAGCAACAUUUAUACAAAUUGUAAAUGAAUUAAAUGUAGCAUCAAAUAGAAGACUUAGAAAAAGUGAUAUCAAAAAUUGGUAUUCAAUUGGAAAUUGUUUAAAAUUAAUGAAAAGAGUUGCUUCAGAUAAUAAUAUAACAUUAAUUGCUAGUAUGGCUAUAAAUGAUAUGAAACCAAAUGCAAUAAAUGGUAUUACAAGAUUUCAAAAUGCUGUUAAAGCAACAAAAUUUAUUAUAGAUAAAAGUAAUCAUAAUUCUAUGACAAAAUCAAACUAUUCAAAUACAAGACUUCCAACAGUUAAAAUACCUUCAUCAGAACAUUAUACAUCAAAUGUUGUAAUUAAAUAUCAAGAAGUUAUUAAUGUAUUUAAAAUUUAUCUUUUGCCAUUACAAAGUGCUGAAUGUUCAGUACUUGUUGAUGUAUUACAUUUACCAGAAAAACUAUUUCCUGCUGAAUCAAUAUUAAGAGGACAAUGUGAAAAUGGUAAAGCUGUUACAAAACUUAUUCAACAUUGUAAACUUUUAUUAGAAAAUAAACAAGAAAAUUUAUGUAUUAGUGUUAUUCAAACACUUUGUAAAAUGGCAAAUUGUGCUAAUCAAGAAUUUUAUGGUGAAGCUAAAAAAUUAAGAUAUACUUUAUUAAAACGUUAUUUUGGUAGCCAUGUUGUUGAACCAAUUCAUGAACCAAUGAAUUUACAAAAUAUAAGAAGAUCACAUAAAAAUAAUGAUCAAAUAAAUGAUUAUAAUAAGAAAGAAAAUUAUAUAUUUAAUAGUGAUUUAAAACCAAUUAAAAGUAUAUCAUUACAUGAAAUUCAAUGUAAAUUAAAUAAUGCUGGUGCUGUUGAAUUAGUUAUUGAUUUAGUUAUAGCAGAUAUAUCACAAGAAAUUUUUGUUAAAGCAUGCCAUUUAGCUAAAGCAUUAUUAUAUGAAGGAAAUGAAGAAGUACAAAAAUCAUUUUAUUUAAAAUUAAAAGAUAAACAAGUAUCAGGAAAAUUUUUUUCAACAUUUGUUAAUAAAUUUCAAUCUGCUCAAAAUCGUUUAAAAGCUGAUAUGAUGUCUGGAAAUUCUGUUCGCCAACGUACAGCUCCAUCUACAACAAUAUCACGACGAUCAUCAGCCAUAGUUACGCCAUUACCCUAUGCUAAUGAAAAUGCACAUGAAAAUUCAUUACACAAUGGUUUUUUGGGUAGUAUUAAAAAUUCAACAAGCAAUUUGUUUCUAGGUUUAACAAAUGGACAAAUUAACAAUGAUAAAAAUAAUCAAGAAUUAUCACCAUUAUUAAAUAAAAAUAUACAUAGACAAUCUAUUGCUUCUGAAAUUGAUAAUAAUAAUAUUGGAUAUAAUAAUUAUGAAUUUGCAACAUUUAAUGAAGAAGAUAAAUAUAAAGAUAUUCUUCCACAAGAAGUUGCUAUUAUGGAACCUAUAUUAAGAUUUUUACAAUUAUUAUGUGAAAAUCAUAAUAAUCUUCUUCAAGAUUAUUUAAGAACACAAGGUGAUAGACCUGAUCAUAAUUUAGUUGCUGAAACAUUAACAUUUCUUGAUAUUAUUUGUGGAAGUACAAAAGGAUCAUUAGGUGUUUUUGCUGAAAUUGGUGAACAUAACUUUUCUUUAAUUAAACAAACAUUAAUUACAUUAACUGAAUUUUGUCAAGGUCCAUGUCAUCAAAAUCAAGAUACAUUAGCAUUUCAUGAAUCAAAUGGUUUAGAUAUAAUAAUAUCAUUAGUAUUAAAUGAUAUAAGACCAUUAGCUGAUGAACAUACAGAAAAAGCUUUAGAAAUUAAAUGUAAUGCAUCAAAACUUCUUUUAGCAGUUAUGGAAUCAAGACAUGAUAGUAAAAAUGCAGAACGUGUAUUAAGUAAUAUGGCACAUACAACAUCUGGUAUAACACAACUUAUAAAAGCUAUUGCUCAAACAUAUAAUAUGGAUGAAUCAAAUGAUAUUAAUAAUAGAGUAUUAAAACAAUAUAAUGAUGAAUAUUCAAAAAAAUACGCUGUAGAUGAUUGUGGUAGUAUUGUAAAUAAUUGUGAUGUCAAAAAGCAAGUAUCAACAAUAUUUUGUAACGAAAAAAUGAAAUUAUUAAAUAAUGGUAUUUCUUCAUCAUCUUCUUCUAAUGAUUUAACAAUAGUAUCACCAAAAGAUGUUGGUCAUAAUAUUUAUAUAUUAGCACAUCAAUUAUCAAGACAUUCAAAUGAAUUAGCAACACAAUUAGAUCCUGAUUAUCAUCAAGAUAUAAAAAUAAAAAAUUGUUUACAAUAUUAUAAAGAACAUACAGCACAAAUAGAAAUUGUUCGUGAAGAUAGAAAUCUUGAAAGAGUUGUAUUUCCAAUAUAUGAUAUAUGUUUAUAUUUAACACCAGAAACACAAAAUUAUAUUUAUAUGAAUACAGAAAGAGAUAAUCAAGGUAGUAAAGUAUCAGGAUUUUUUGAAAAAUGGGAACAUUUAUAUGAUGAAAUGAAAUGGCAAAGAAAACUUGAAAAUAGAAAAAUAUUAUCACUUAUAACACAAUUAUUACCAUUAUGGGGUAGAUUAUCAUUAUUUUUUGCAAUAUUAAUUAAUUUUGUUAUUGGUUUAUAUUAUCCAAUAGGUUCAAAUCGUGAAGAAGUUUUUUCACACAAAAAUUCAUUAUUAUAUGGAGUUAUUAUAGCAUCAAUAAUUUAUAUAUAUUUUGUUUUUAAAAAACAAUUUACUUCUAAAUUUAAACAUUCAAUGUCAUUUAAUAGUGCUGUUAUGAUAUUACUUAUAAAUAUUGGUUUAAUUAUAAAAUGUUCAUGUGGUAUAGAAUUAUUAAUAAGAAUAUUUGGUACAUUACAAUUUUUAAAUAAAUUAAUUCAUAUAGUUGCAUAUGUAGGAAAUAAAGGAUUAAUUGAUAAAACAUGGAAUGAACGAUUCAAAGAAUCUAAAUUAUUAUAUCAUGUAGUUUAUUGUACAACAUGCUUAUUUGGAAUACUUAUUCAUCCAUUUGUUUAUUCACUUCUUUUAUUUGAUAUUGUUGCUACUGAUGAGACAUUAAGAAAUGUUAUCAGAUCUGUAACAAGAAAUUGGCAAUCAAUUAUAUUAACUGGAAUGUUAGCGUUAAUAUUAGUUUAUCAAUUUUCAAUUGUUGGAUAUACAUUUUUCCAGAAAGAUUUUAAACUUGAAAUAGAUUCAUUAGAAGAACCUACUACAACAAAAAAUAAUGUUGAUAAUUAUUUAAUUAAUAAUAUUAAAAUAAAUAAUAAAGAAUUAUGUUAUAAAUCAAAAGAAGAAGAAGAAGAGAAAAAUGAAGUAGCUGCAUGUGAUACUUUAAGAAUGUGUAUCUUAACUACAUUAAAUUGGGGUUUACGAAAUGGUGGAGGAAUUGGUGAUGUAUUAAGAAAUGUUAGUCCUAAUGAAGAAUCAUUUCAUUUAAGAAUAAUAUAUGAUAUGUCAUUUUUUGUUGUAUUAAUUAUUAUAGUACUUAAUUUAAUUUUUGGUGUAAUUAUUGAUACUUUUGGUGAUUUAAGAUCAGAAAAAAAUGAUAGAGAAGAUGUCUUAAAAAAUACUUGUUUUAUUUGUGGUUUAGAACGUGGAAAAUUUGAUAAUCAUUCCGUUUCAUUUGAAACACAUCGUACUUAUGAACAUAAUCUAUGGCAUUAUCUAUUUUUUAUUGUAUUGUUACAAGAAAAAGAUCCAACUGAAUUUACGGGACCUGAAAGUUAUGUUGCUAAUUGUGUAAAAUCAAAAAGUAUAGAUUGGUUUCCAAGGAUGCAAGCUAUUUCACUUAUUGAAGAUGGUAGUGAUAAUGAUCAACCGGAAUAUAAAGAUUUACAAAAGCAAAUAAAGCAACAAGAAAUUUUAUUAAAGGAAAUAUAUUCAAAAUUACAAAUGUUACAAAGAUCAUAUUCAGACAACGACUAA